GUGGAGGGCGCCUCGCUGCUGGCCGCUGCGCAGCGGGCGUGGGCCGAGCGGGCGCGCGGCGGCGAGGCGGCGGCCGCGCUGGCGUGGGCCGGCGUGAGCGGCGAGGUGGAGGUGGUGGCGUUCGAGCAGGGCUCGUCGGGCGGCGUCUUCGUGCCGGCGUACAUGGUCGCCGCGGACCACUGCUCGGGCUGCGUGGUGGUCACGCUCCGGGGCACGGGCUCGGCCCGCGACGCGCUGACCGACCUGGUGUGCCACCCGGUGCCGGUGGAGCUGGGCGGGCAGAGCGGCGAGGCGCACUGCGGGAUGCUGCGCGCGGCCAGAGGCCUGGAGGCCGCCCUGGCAGAGCUCGCGGAGCAGGGCCUGCGCCAGCUGCGCGACGGGCCGCGGCAGGUGGUAAUCUGCGGGCACUCCCUGGGCGCGGGCGUCGCCGCUCUCGUCGCCGCGCUGUGGCGGGACUCUGGGCGCCUCGCGGGCGUGGACGUCCGUUGCGUGGCGUUCGCCUGCCCCCCUGUCCUGGACCCUCUCCUUGCGGCGAGCCUGCGGAACCACACGACGAGCGUCAUCCUCGAGGACGACAUGGUCCCCCGCCUCAGCCUGGCCACGGCGCGCGACCUGCAGAGUGCCCUGCUCUGCACCGUCAGGCCGCGCGCCUUCGGCCUGGACGGAGCCCCGCUUGCGGAGCGGGCAGGCGCCUGGGAGCGCAGCGGCGACGCGGAGUCCUUGGCGGCCGCGCACACGGUGGUCCGCGCAGCGGCCUGUUCGGCAGAGGGCCAGCUGCGCCCCCCCGGGCGCCUCUUGCACAUGCCCGCUCCCGCCGCGGGAGCGCCCCGGCGCGUGCGGGAGGCGGAGGCAGAGGAGUUUGGCGAGCUGCUUCUCGCGCCGGACAUGACAGGCGCGCACAUGCCGUGGCGGUACCUUGCAGCUCUGAGGGAGGUUGCUGGCGCUCCGCCGCAGGCCUGA